AUGUCCCCUAAUGCGCAUCUGCUGGACUUGCCCCGCGAGCUCCGCGAUAAGAUAUACGCGGAUUACCUCUCCGAGGACGGCGGAUACCUCUUUAACUUCGAGCGGGGCAGGUUGGGAACUGCCGAGCACCAGCCUAUCAACCUCUCGCUUAUGUAUACCUGUAGGCAGGUAGCUACGGAGAUGCGAGGCCUAGCUCUCGGGGCCAAUGCUGUUACAUUCACUACUGGAUAUUCCAAUCGGACUAGAGCGGACGCUGGUCAGUUCGACCACUACCUUGACCAAGUGCGAAGGUUCAAGAACAGCUUGCUCAGCUCCGCACAUCCGUGCGUCACCGCGGAAGCCAUCGAGCACACGGCUCGCCAUCAUGGAGAAUUCCUGCCUGUCUUGCGUCGAUUGCAGGCAGAAGGCUGGACGCAUGACUUGAUCGGAAACAACGGGGGUCUAGCUCCCUCUCGUGAACGCCACUUCGUCGCUUCUACCUUAGCCGAGCUGUCCAAGCACCCGGAUUUUACCGCCAUUCUCUCCCAAGACAACGGCCUUCUUUGGGGUACAGACGAGACGCCAAAUCUCAACGAGAUUGUUUCUUGCAAUCCCUUGCCCUGGGCGAUACCUACAAAAGAUGAUAUUGCCAAGCUUUCGCAAGCGGUAUCUAACCCAACCCCACUAGCGGGUGAAUGCUGGGAGCGUCAAAAGUAUCGUUACUCAGCGGCUGCGUUGGCUAUCAACUUCUUGGCUUCACUGCCGCCCCACGUGCGGGUUCAGUUCCGCACCCUUAUUUUACGGGAAGACAGGAUGGCUGUCGGGUACCCUGAAUGCCAUGCACAGGGCCUCAUUCCCUUCUGCCGAGAGAAUCCUCGACUUCGCAUUACCCAGACCGUUAAUCUAUGGAGAAACGCCUUCCCGAAGGGAUCCAAACCUCUACGUAUCGUGCUGAAUCCAGCGUCUGUCCUGGCGCGAAGAUACCAGUACAACAAGCUCAAUGCUCAUGGAGUAACCGACUCCGUGGCCCUCUGGAUCAUGGAAGCCGUAGCUCUUCCAUCCUUUGGUAUGCCCCCAGGCUCCUUGACAGUUAUCCUUGAUGGCGACCCUAUCCCAAGCGAGACGGUGCAUGUUUUCGAUAGGGUUCUUCGGGACGCCGCCUGGCAAAGCGCCCUUGAUGAGUGCUAUGCUCGAAAGCAUAUCCCUAGCCCAUCUUGGUUCGAAAGGAGAAGCCACAAGUGCUACAGAUUCGAAGGAUUCCCAGCAGCGCUCGACGACAUCGUAAAAGGGCGAUCAUUCAUUCGUUGCAACUUCAACCCGGGCGAUGUCUGGGAUGUUGAGCGGCUUGUCGAAGCAAAUCGCAACUGGUCGGCUAAGGAAUGGGCCCGACAAUGGAUAGAUCACCGGCCAAGAACCUUUGAAACUACGGUACCCCUGCCAAGUUGGCUUGAGCUCAGGCGCGAGGAUGCCCUUCCGGAAUGA